AUGGGCGGGCAUGGUUUCCUACCCCCAUCGACAUCAAGAAUCCACACCGCCAACGUCAAAACAUACCCAAGGUACCUAGGUUGCAAGAGCCGGGACGCAGAAAUGGGACCCGACCCUCUGGCCAGCACUGGCAUCCCUCCCUUCGAGGGACCACCACCACCACCACCGCCAACAGAUUUCAACUUCACAUUCCCAACAAACGGGACAAACUUCACAGUGGGAACCAACGAGACGUUUCUACCUUGGGGGCCAAUACCGACUGAUGCUGGGCGAUCGCUGCAAGCCGAUAUCGUGGCUUGCGCGGUGAUAACAUGGCUCAUCGCGCUUGGGUUCGUGGUGGUGAGGUUUUACACGAGGGGUAAACUCAACAAUGUGCUGGGGGCGUCGGAUUGGUGUAUCAUUCCGGCGUUGGUGUUUGCCGCUGGUGUGAUGGCUAGUUCUCUUGAGCAAAUGGCUCGAGGGGCCGGGAGACACGCCUGGGAGGCGGACUGGAUGCAGAUGUCGGCGCUGGAAAGGGCGGCUUGGUAUGGGAUUCUGUUUUACAAUUUGAGUCUCACCUUCUCAAGGAUUUCGAUACUUUUGCUGUAUCGACGCAUCUUUACCUACAGCUGGGCGAAGCGGGCGAUUCAAAUUGUGCUUGUUCUUGUGGUGCUUAUUGGGAUCUGGCUUGUUGUUUCGGUUUGCACGGCUUGUAUCCCGCUUGAGGCGUUCUGGAAUUGGAGUUUGUUUUUUACGCAGGAGGUGUAUUGCCAGCCGGGGAACAUUUGGUGGGCGAAUGCGGCUUUGCAUAUUGUUAGUGAUUUGGUGAUUAUGGCUUUGCCGGUAUGUUCUUUUUUUGUUGCCUGGCCUGAUGAUCUGUUUGAGGUUAUUGCUAGUACGCUCUUGUUGGGGUGUUUGCUUUGGGGUUUUUGUAAGUCCUCCACCACAUACAUGGGUAUCUUUAUGUUCCUAACUCAUUAUCCCAGCGUCUGCAUCGUCUCCAUCACCCGCCUAGUCUACCUUAUCGACAUCGUCAAAAAAGCCGGCUACGACGCAACCUACACCUCGGCCCAGAUGAUCUACUGGACCUCGGUCGAGGUCUCCGCCGCCAUCUGCUGCGCCUGCCUCAUGACCCUCAAACCUCUCAUCCAACGCCUUUUUCCCCGGCUCCUCUCCCCCAACUCGGGCAGCAAGAUCCAAAGAGAAAACAGCAGCCUCCAAUGGAUCGACCCCAUCACCGGCCACCCCAUCCGCCGUGACUCCCGCCAGUCCUUCAUCGGCCUCGCUGCUCAACUAGGCCGAAGAGGAAGCAGAAGGCUAAGCGAAACAUCAGACAAAACCUCCUCCAAGCGCAAAGGGAGCCUCCUCCGGCAAGUGGAAGAACACGAAGGCGGACUACCGUUGGUGAACAACAACAACGGGCUGGCAGACUACAAACUUAACAGGUCGGUCAUGCAUGGGGAUUUGGAAUCACAGCAGACGUGCAGUGUUUCUGCUGGUGCGAGAGGGGGGUCAUCGUUGCAUCCGUCGAAUACGCCUGAUCACCAUAACGAGGAUGAUGAUGACAUCUCUCCGUUGGAUACCACGAGUGGAGGGAGGUCACCUGGUUCAGGAAGUUUACGAGCACCGCCACGGGCUCACCUGAGGUUGUCGAUACAGGUUACCAGGUCGGUCAAGGUGGAGAAGCACCCGAGGAGUCCACAGCCGGGGGAGACGUUUGGUGGUGUGAAUGUGGGGAGGACACCACCGCCACGGAGAAGGUCGGAUCAUGCUGAUGAUGAUGAGGACGAGGAGGAGGAUAGCGAUGAGGACGAAUACGACUUGCCUGAGAGCCCUAGGGGGACGAGGAUGACGAGGAUGAGUCAACGGGAGGAUAGGGAUAGGGAUUACAGGGGAGAGAAGGUGGGAUCGGUGGCGAGGAGAGGGGGGGUGUAG